CUACAGCAGGCAGUAUCAGGACUGCCCUCCGGUUUAGGGCCCUUAGAAGCGUGCCCAUCAAGUUGUGGGGAGAGGAAGAGGCAGCGAGAAGAACAGAGAUAACAUGCCGAAAGGAGGAAGAAAAGGGGGUCACAAAGGUCGGGUGAGGCAGUACACAAGUCCGGAGGAGAUCGAUGCUCAGAUUAAAGCUGAACAUGAGAAGGCUUUGGAAGCAGAAUUGGAAGAAGGAGGUGUGGGAGCUGCAGAAGACCCCACAAAGGAACGGAAAGAUAAUAGCUCAGAUGAGAGCGAUGAUGACGAAGACUAUCAGCAAAAGCGGAAAGGAGUAGAAGGCUUAAUUGACAUAGAGAAUCCAAAUCGUGCAGCACAGUCUGCUAAAAAGGUCACUCAACUUGAUCUUGAUGGACCUAAGGAACUGUCUCGAAGAGAGCGGGAAGAAAUAGAAAAGCAGAAGGCAAAAGAACGCUACAUGAAGAUGCAUUUAGCAGGAAAAACAGACCAAGCAAAGGCUGACUUGGCCCGUUUAGCAAUCAUUCGAAAACAGAGGGAAGAUGCGGCAAAGAAAAAGGAGGAAGAAAAAAAAGUAAAAGAUGUGACGGGAUCUGCAGCCAAAGGAAUGCAAUCAAUGUCUCUUAAUAAAUAACUGUACCGCACAGAGACCACAUUCGGCGGAUCCUAGGACCAGUGCAGCUGUAUGGUCUGUAGACUAAGUGUCUAGACAGUACUCUGGUCCCUUGUGUGUCCACAAUAUGCUUUCCCUGAUCAAGUCGUGACAGCGUUUACAUGCUGAGGAUAUUGCAAAGAAAGACUGGACAUGCACUGAGCACAUAUUUAUUUAAUGCUGAGUGUUUGUGGAGCUUGGGGUCCUGAAGACAGGAAUAAAGUUUGGAAUUCAAACUAAAA